UCAUUCUUAUGUUGAGAGCAUUUCCCAUCUAAAACUGAAACAUUAAAUUAUAGUUUGCAUUUCCAUAUUCGACCCACUGCACAUUUUCCCUUCUCCUAUUCUAUGUUUCUGUAGAAUUAGACCCAAUUCCUCAGUUCCCUUCAUUUGUGGGGAAAGGAACUUCAUUUCUGCAUCAGAAGCUGAUUUUGAACUUGCCCAACUACAUUAAUAAUGGCAAACCCAGUUUACAAACUACAGGAAUUUGUGGCCCAUUCAGGGAAUGUAAACUGUUUGAAAAUUGGAAGGAAGGCAUGCCGCGUUUUCGUUACAGGAGGGGAUGAUCACAAUGUUAAUCUGUGGAUGAUUGGGAAACCAACUUCUUUAAGGAGUUUGAGUGGUCACACUAGUUCAGUAGAAUCUGUGGCUUUUGACUCAGCAGAAGUAUUGGUUCUUGCUGGAGCAUCGUCAGGGGUUAUAAAGCUUUGGGAUUUGGAAGAAGCAAAGAUGGUUCGCACUCUUACCGGACACAGAUCUAAUUGUACUGCUGUUGAGUUUCAUCCGUUUGGUGAGUUUUUUGCAUCUGGCUCCUCGGACAGUAAUCUUAAGAUUUGGGAUAUUCGGAAAAAAGGAUGCAUUCAUACAUACAAGGGUCAUAGCCAGGGCAUCAGUACAGUUAAAUUCACUCCAGAUGGCCGUUGGGUUGUUUCCGGUGGAUUUGAUAAUAUUGUGAAGGUCUGGGAUCUAACAGGUGGAAAGCUCUUGCAUGACUUCAAGUUCCAUGAAGGACCUGUUAGGUCCCUAGAUUUCCAUCCUCUUGAGUUUCUUCUUGCUACAAGUUCAGCUGACAAAACAGUGAAAUUUUGGGAUUUAGAAACCUUUGAACUGAUUGGAUCUACCAGACAUGAGGUUGCAGGGGUACGCUCAAUAGCCUUUCAUCCUGAUGGACGGACCCUAUUUGCUGGACUUGAGGAUGGUUUGAAGGUGUAUUCAUGGGAACCUGUUAUAUGUCAUGAUGCUGUUGACAUGCUAUGGACAACACUUGGUGACCUAUGCAUUCAUGAUGGGAAGCUUUUGGGUUGCUCGUGGUACAGUAAUUCUGUUGGAGUAUGGGUGUCAGAUAUUUCGCUUAUCAAGCCAUAUAGUGGUGGUGUAGAAACCAAGGAAAAAGAAAGCAUGGAGCAGCAACUUAAUCUGCAGGGAAGACAAAAGGAGAAAGCAGAGGUUGGUGUGGGACCAACUUCAGGGUUGUGCUGUAUGUCUUCUGAAAAUGAGUUAAAAGAGAUAAAGAAUAUAUAUAUUGACUCUUCUGGAGGGAAUCCUGUUAUGUUACAUAAAUCCAGGUCAUUGAAUUCUCCAAAAAUAGAUCUCCCUGAGGAAUCCAAAGAAAUGCUAAACUGGAGUCCUGCAACAGGAGUUCAUGCAAAACCAAAUGAACAAGCAUCUACAAAGUCUUACUUUGUGUCCAACAUUAUACCUCGGGACAUUCCUGAUGGUAAGGACUCAGUGACCUUUUCGAAGAGAAAACCUGGAAUGUUGCUUAAGCCAGCUCAUGUUCAGGGAGCAUCAACCGGCAUAUUUGAUGUUAAUGGGUUUUCAUCAGAUUUGGAUUCUGAAAUAUUUUGUGAUACUGUAAGUAAAUCUGAUAGUGCAAAAGAUCCUAACUUCCAAAUGAAGCUUGGAUCCCUGAAUGAAGUCAGAGAAUCUUGUGAAGAUAAACAUCCUAUCAAGAGUGUUACAGAGAUGUUUGGAAGGACUUUAACACUAGACAGACUUUCUGACCAAGAGAAAUGUGAUCAAUCCUCUCCUUACAGCAAAGGGAUUAGUCCAGUUAAAUAUGUCAAUGGAGUUGCUGUUGUACAAGGAAGGACCCGUUCUCUGGUCGAGAGGUUUGAAAGAAGGGAAACAACACCCACCAAUGAGGAUCAAACUAAUGUAUCGCUCACCACAACAAAUGACAAUAGGGAAAAAAUUCUCCAAGAAGAUCAAACUAUUAUGUCCCCCAUCCCCACCACAACAUCUGAGAAGCGGGAAAAAAUUCCUUUCAAUGAAGAUCAAAACAAUAUGCCUUCCAUUUGCGACAUAACAUGUGAAGUAGACAAGUCUACUAACUUCUUGGUAGUGCGGCAUUUUUGGGAGCGGAAUGAUAGUAAAGGUGCCAUCAGUGCUUUGAGGAAGCUGCCUGAUCAAUCUGUUCAAGCUGAUGUUAUCGGUGUCCUUGUUGAGAAGAUGGAGAUUCUCACCUUAGAUUUAUUUUCUUAUUUAAUUCCUGUGCUCACAGGCUUGCUGGAUAGCAAGAUAGAAAGACAUGUGAAGGUAUCAUUGGAUAUGCUACUAAAACUUGUAGCAGUUUUUGGUCCAACAAUACGUUCAACCGUUUCGGCACCUCCUUCUGUUGGGAUUGAUCUACAUGCAGAGCAAAGGCGGGAAUGCUCCAAUCAAUGCUUUAUGCAACUGCAGAAGAUUCAAAUGAUUCUUCCUAUAUUAAUACGGAGGGGUGGCUUAUUGGCCAAGGCUGCCCAAGAGCUAAAUUUGGUUCUUCAACAAUCCUAGCUAAAGUUGCUCUUUUAAGAACUUCAGCCAACUUAUGAAUGAGUGAUUUGGCUCAACAUGGUAUGGCAGGAUCAUGUACAAAACAUGAAGAAAGCCUUCUUCAUGUGGUGUUUUUCAUCUGCAGCCACCUUCUUUUUAUGAUUUGCCCUAGUAGCGGUCGUCAUCAGCUUCGUUAAUGGCAGAGAAUCAUAACAAACAUGUGGGUUAGCUGAAUGAUUUAUUUGACCUUAUGUUUAGAUGCUUGAAGGUGGAAGCAGCCAUCUAAGUUGUAUCUUGGUCUUAAAGGCUUGUGUUCCUGACAUAUAACCUGUGCUGGUCUUCAACUUUUGUUUUUCUUCAAUAUGUUUCUUCUGCUUAUUAGUGAUAUAUCCUGCACGUUAAAACAUGCAAUGAAAUGUAU